AAUAACAAUAUAUCCUUCUUGUUAGUUUCUCUAUGAAUGACAACAACUGAAUAACAUGUUUUCUUUGUUUCUUAUUUGGUCUUUACUUCAUAUAGUUUAUAGUAUCUUAACCUAGAGUUACUUUGUGGAACAAGCAGCUUUUCUCCAAUCAUCUAAUCUUAGAGUUUUUUUUUUAAUCAUAACAUAGUUUACUUCUGAUCUGCUUACUGUCGAGUGCUAAAUAUCAAAGUUUUUGAAGGUUUCAGUUUGCUAUUUGAUUCCUGUCAGGAUGAAGCUUCUCUAGAAUCUGGUCCACCUCAUCGAGAUGGCAAAGAUCGGCCCUCGGAGACAUGAGAAUAGAAAACCUAUCCUAAUUGACGAAAUGCUGCAGCUGAAGGAGUCGUGUUGUAGCUUUCACAAUCAGGAUUAUGAUGAAAAGAUGGAGGAGUUGCAGUCUUAUGUUGAUAUGGUAAAAUGCUGUAUACUUUCUUCAAAGCUUCGAGCCUUUGGCAUUGCCAGUAUGAUAUUACAUGUGAAGAGAUUCACAAGACCUGGUUGUUCCGCAGAAACUUUGGAUGUUGCGUUGAACUGGAUUUGCUCCCUUGUCGACGCACUGUCAGCGAUGUCUUCCAAACAGCAUAAGCAUAUUCUUCACGCGUCACUUUGACAAAACCGGAUAGCACCUUCGCCAUUGCCAAAACCUUACAUAUCCACUUCCUUUCUCUGUCACUAUUCUGGGAUCUUAUAUACCUUAUGGAAUUUUGUGUAAUAAAAACGUGAAUCAUGGAAAUGAAUAAUUCUGUCGUAA